UAGAAUGACAAGUACAAGAGAUUGAGUUUUAAGAGGUUAAUGUUACUAGAGCACAGAACAUGAAGAAGGAGUAGCUAGUAAGCUUGCCUCAUGUAUCUCACUUUAGAAAUCUAGGUCUGAGGAUUUAGCUCAGUGUAAUGUGCUUGUCUGGCAUUCACAGGACCUUGAGAUCAACCCUCAACAUUGCAAAAGGAAGAGGCGGCAUCAAUUUAGAAGGGUAUGGCUUUAUUCUAAAACCUUUUGUUAAUGGGAAGAGAGAAUGUUGUAUGUUUUUUGGAAACAUGGCUCAUGCUUUGUACUAGAUGAAUUAGAGAGUUUUCAUUGGUUGCUAGUAGACCUUUGGAUGUCACUGUUGUAAUACAGACAUGGUUGCUAUUAUAUAUAUAUAUAUAUAUAUAUAUAUAUAUAUAUAUAUAUAAUGCUUUUUAACUAGGCGGUAAAAUCAACUGGCCUGGGUGAUUAUGACUACUAUAUGUGGUUGAAAUAAUUAGGAUAACUUAAAAGAGGACUGAAAAUAAGAAAGAUGUCAAUACAUGUUAUUUUGUUGUUUUUAUGAUGGCUAGUGGUUUAUUGGAUGCUGAGGGAUUUAAUACAAAGUAUCACUAAUGAAUUUUGGUAUUAUGUAAUGCAUAACUAGAUGGAAAUGCAUCAGAGCAUUGGAGAAAGGUUUAUAAUUUGUGGUAUUGUCAAGUUGGGAUGUCUAUGGGACUUUGUAGUAUAUAUGAUUAGUAAGAAGGUCUGGAGAGUUGUGGGUUAGAAGUGUAAACUUAUGAAUUAUCUGCAUUUGAAACUAUGAAGAGUUAAGAGUCUAGGAUAAAGGCUGUACAUGAGCCUGUGGAAGAGAUGAGAAAGGAAUGGCCAGAAGAGCAGGAGAAUAUAUAAGAAAUUUGAAAAUCAUGGAAGAAUGAGGAUUGCCAAUUUUGAAGCCAAUGAGAGGUCAAAGUAAGAACAUAACUAAAGCUGACAGAAUGUAGCCACAGAGGGCUUUACUGACAGUAGAGAGUUACAUGGGAGGAGAGACAGAUGGGAAUCAGACUGGUAUGAGUUGAAUUAAGUUAAGACUUGAGAAAAUGUGAGACAGCUUUCUUUUUAAGAUAUGACGCUGAAGGGAUUGAGACAACCAAAUGAAGUUUGCUUUUUUGGAUUUAUUUAAAUGAGUAGGAUUAAAAUAUUAAAAACUAGUGUCAUUUGAGAUGAAGAGAUUGCCUACAUGGGGGACAGAAUGGGCAAUUAAUAAUUUCUGAACUGCAACCCAAAAUAAUUGUGAUUAAUUUCAGUUGGAGGGGUUAAUUCCUUUUCUGAAGUAGAAAGAAAGGAUUGAUAUUGGUUAUGUGGAAUCAGAAAACCAGAUUUCUAUCGAGAGACUUCUGUGAUAGAAUCAUCUGCUAUCAUGGAGGAAGAAGAUGAAGCUAGAGGUUGAAAAAAAAAUUCUUUGUAAAUGAAAACAUUGUGUGAUGUAAUCCUCAUGGUCCAGGACAGAAAGAUACCUGCACAUCGUGUUGUCCUUGCUGCAGCCAGUCAUUUCUUUAACUUAAUGUUCACCACUAACAUGCUUGAGUCCAAGUCCUUUGAAGUAGAACUUAAAGAUGCUGAACCUGACAUUAUUGAACAACUUGUGGAAUUUGCUUAUACUGCUAGGAUUUCUGUAAAUAGCAACAAUGUUCAGUCUUUGUUAGAUGCAGCAAAUCAGUACCAGAUUGAACCUGUGAAGAAAAUGUGUGUUGAAUUUCUGAAAGAACAAGUUGAUGCUUCAAAUUGUCUUGGUAUAAGUGUGCUUGCAGAGUGUCUGGACUGUCCUGAACUGAAAGCAACAGCAGAUGAAUUUAUUCAUCAGCAUUUUACUGAAGUUUACAAAACUGAUGAAUUUCUGCAACUUGAUGUCAAACGUGUAACACAUCUUCUCAACCAGGAUACUCUCACUGUGAGAGCAGAGGAUCAGGUUUAUGAUGCUGCAGUCAGGUGGUUGAAGUAUGAUGAACCUAAUCGCCAGCCAUUUAUGGUUGAUAUCCUUGCUAAAGUCAGGUUUCCUCUUAUAUCAAAGAAUUUCUUAAGUAAAACGGUACAAGCUGAACCACUUAUACAAGAUAAUCCUGAAUGCCUGAAGAUGGUGAUAAGUGGAAUGAGGUACCACCUACUAUCUCCAGAGGACCGAGAAGAGCUUGUAGAUGGAACUAGGCCUCGAAGAAAAAAACAUGAUUACCGCAUAGCUCUGUUUGGAGGCUCCCAACCACAGUCUUGUAGAUAUUUUAAUCCAAAGGAUUAUAGCUGGACGGACAUUCGCUGCCCCUUUGAAAAACGAAGAGAUGCAGCAUGUGUGUUUUGGGACAAUGUAGUGUACAUUUUGGGUGGCUCUCAGCUUUUCCCCAUUAAACGAAUGGACUGCUAUAAUGUUGUGAAGGACAGCUGGUAUUCUAAACUGGGCCCUCCAACACCUCGAGAUAGCCUUGCUGCCUGUGCUGCAGAAGGCAAGAUUUAUACAUCUGGAGGCUCAGAAGUAGGAAACUCAGCUUUGUAUUUAUUUGAGUGCUAUGACACCAGAACUGAAAGCUGGCACACCAAGCCCAGCAUGCUGACGCAGCGCUGCAGCCACGGCAUGGUGGAAGCCAAUGGCCUCAUCUACGUCUGUGGUGGAAGCUUAGGGAAUAAUGUUUCUGGGAGAGUGCUUAGUUCCUGUGAAGUAUAUGAUCCUGCCACCGAAACAUGGACUGAGCUGUGUCCAAUGAUUGAGCCCAGGAAGAAUCAUGGGCUAGUAUUUGUAAAAGACAAGAUAUUUGCUGUGGGUGGCCAAAAUGGCCUAGGUGGUUUGGACAAUGUGGAAUAUUAUGAUAUUAAAUUAGAUGAAUGGAAGAUGGUAUCACCAAUGCCGUGGAAGGGUGUAACAGUGAAGUGUGCAGCAGUUGGCUCUAUCAUUUAUGUCUUGGCUGGUUUUCAAGGUGUAGGCCGAUUAGGACACAUCCUGGAAUAUAAUACUGAGACAGACAAAUGGAUAGCCAAUUCCAAAGUCCGUGCUUUUCCAGUCACAAGUUGUUUAAUUUGUGUGGUUGAUACUUGUGGAGCAAAUGAAGAGACCCUUGAAACAUGAAAAACAAGGGGACCUGAAGACUCAAGAGAGACUCAAAAUAUGACCACCAUGGCUUUGUUUCAAGAGUUUUGGUUACAAAGUUCUGGAUUGGUAUUUUGGUAGAGAAAGUUUCAAGUGAGUGAAGGAAGAUCCUUAUAAAAUAAACAUUUUUAUAUGGAUUUCCUACUUAAUUCAAAAAUUAUAUUUAAGUGGCUACCUACCCAAGAACAUAUCUAGCCACAAAACUUGAAAAAUGAUAAGCAUUUUUCAGUGAGUUGCUUAAAUGAAUUUCUGAUUUGGCAGCGUGGGGGAUGUUCAUCAGUGAAAUAGCCCCAUCUUAGCUCUAGAUUCUAUAUUCCUAUGUCAUAUAAGUGUUCUGUAGUUAAGUCUAUUUGUUUUAUUCAGUCAAUCAAGAACUAAGAAGUAGGCCAGGUGUGGUGGUGCUUGUAAUCCAAGAAGUUCUUGGGAAGCUGAGGCAGGAAGAUCCUGAGUUUGAGGUCAGCCUGGGCUACAUAGCAAGAUCCUGUCCCAAAACACAAACAACAGAACUAAGAAGUAGUAUAUAAGUUGUAAGUCAAAAUGGGUACCUCUGAGGGAGCAAUUGACAGUCACCUAGUUUCACUUAUCUUCAUUUGUUUCAUUUAAUGCCAAAUGUAUUCUCUUUUUAAUUAAUCAUACCCAUGCCCCGUAAAGUCUGUUUAAUCCAAUCUGUAUUUUCAACAUAAAUGUUAAGCUUAGUACCCAACAUUAGUGUAUAUAUAUAUGGUUUUAUAUAAUAGUUAAAAAAGUGUUGUUCUGGCCAAUCAAUAGAGGCUCACACCUAUAAUACUAGAUAUUCAGGAGGCUGAAACCUGAGGAUCACAGUUCAAAGCCAGCCCAGGCAGAAAAAAAACAUGAGUCUCUUAUCUCCAAUUAACCACCCCCAAAACCAUAAGUGAGGCUGUGGCUCAAGGUGGUAGAGUGCUAGCCUUGAGCAAAAGGGCUCAAGGGACAGCACCUAGACCCCUAGGUCAAACCCUGUGCUCCCCCCUCCAAAUGUUUUCUAUACCUUUAGUCCUCAGU